AACGCAGGUCUUCUCACACGCCAACUUAUCGAUCCGGACAUGUACUGGUUUGCGAUUCCAAGUAUCGGUAAACUGUGGAAGGGUCUAUUGCAGGGAAGGAACGAACUCCUCUCAUUGAUAAAGCGCAAGCGACAUAAAGAGAUGUUCUUGGCCGAGCUUGAAAAGAAACGGCUCCGGUUCUCUCCUCUGGAUGUGAGAUUUCACAUACGUGAUCUCAUUGGCUCAGGUCACCUGAAAACUGUUCAGACAACUUCUGGCCUGAUUGUUCGGAUUCCAAAGGACUAA